AUGGUACCAAUAGUAGAUAAAAGCAAGGAAUUUUUGGUAGUGAAGGGCAAUUUUCAUUCAUUAACAGCUUUACCGUUGCUCGAUAAACAACGCGGGAGCAUGGAUUUACAUAAAUAUAAAGAAAUCUGUUUUGAUUUAAUUUUUUUGCUAGCCAUUAAUCCCGAAGAAAGUCGCUGGGAUUAUAUUAGUAAAAAUGCUAAUACUAAUAAUUUUAACCAAGUUAUUUAUGAUGCCUUAGAUAAAAUUGAAAAUUAUAAUACUAAUUAUAAAGAUUUAACCCAUAAAGGCACUUUUUUGAGUAAAAACCUUGAUUUUCAAAAAUUAUCUACUAUUUUUCAUGACUUUGACAAUGCUUUCACCCAAAAAGGGGGAAAAUUACAAUUAGAUUAUUUAGGCAAUGCUUACCAAUUUUUUCUCCAACAAUUUGCGGCCAGUAGUGGUCGCACCGGUGGCGAAUUUUAUACUCCGGCUUGUGUAGUUCAGUUAUUAGUAAAUAUCCUACAACCUUUUCCCCGUAAAGAUUAUGAAAUCGUAAUUUAUGACCCAUGCUGCGGUAGCGGCGGCAUGUUCGUUCAAAGUCAAGAAUUCAUUAAAAAAAAUAAAAAAGGGAAUGGUUCCCGAGCCGAAGAUACUUUUAAAGAAGAUUUACACCCUAACAAAAACGCGGAUUAUAUUAUCACUAAUCCUCCUUUUAAUAUUUCUAAUCCCCAAAUAAAGGAAAACGACCCGCAGCAUUGUCUUUAUAAAUUAAAGGAAAAGGGAGUAGCCACUAUAAUCAUGGCUAAUGGAACUUUAUCCGGAUUGAAUAAAAAAGCCGCCAGUAUUCGGCAAAAUUUAAUUGAAAGUAAUUUGGUAGAAGCAAUAAUCACUUUACCAAAUAAUUUGUUUUAUACUACCGGCAUUGCUCCCUAUGAUUUUGGCGAAAAAAUUAGUAGUAGUCAAAGGAUAUUAACUGAAAAGAAUAUUCAAGAGGUCGCUGAAUUAUACCACCGAUUUCUCAAUAAUCAAGAACUUCCUGAAAAUGGUUUGCUGGCGAAAAUUGCGUCCCAAGCCGAAAUUAAAGAAAAUAAUUAUAUUUUGGUUCCAGCCCGUUAUUUAUCCCAAAAUGAAAUUGAAUUAACUCCCGAAGAAAUUGAUAAAAAAUUACUUGAAACUACUAGCGAACUAGAAGAUUUAAUUAACCAGCAAGAUAAAUAUCACCAGGAAUUAAAAAAACUGCUUGUCGAAGUUAAAAAGGAAAUUAAAAAUGAAUAA